AUGUGGUUUGAUGCUAGUCAUGUACAAGGAUUUCAACACGUACGCCAUGCAUGUGAUCAAAAUGAUGGUAUAGAAGGAUAUGGUUAUCAUAAACACGAUGGAAGAGAAUUUGCUUCUCAAGAGAUCAAUGAUAAACCAAGUAAUAUAAAAAUAAAGACUGAAUUUAUCAAAGUUUUUAACGGAAAGGAUGGCGGUGAUUGGGGUGUUCGUAUUCGAGGAACACCUAUAAAUGAUAUUAUGGAGCCUAUAACAUCAGUUAUGUUUUAUAUUGGUAUUGAAGGAGAAGGGGGUAUUGAUAUUAUGAGUAAACUAUCCAAGAAGGGUCUUCAAUCACCUAUUAGAUUAGAAGGAGAUACACCUGAAUUAGGAGAUUUUGAAAUACAGAUAGUAGAUGGUAGUCCUUUAAAUACAUACCUUCAGGAUGGUUUAAAUCAAGAUUUAAGUAAAACACAAUGGUGGGGAAGAGAAAUUCCAGAGGAUUUCGUAAUGGAGCAUAUUAUAUUGGGUGCAAGAGAUCGUUUGAAUAUUGCUGAAGGCGGUCAGGAGGAAGCUUUAGCGAAACCAUACAAAUUUUUUACUUUAACUAAUACCUUAACAGAAGAUGAAGGCGAAGUAGCCAAUUUCUAUGUCUUUCAAAAGGUUUUUAAAGGAGAAUUUCAGUUUGAUGUUCUUUUCCAUUCCCAGAAAUCUGAUAAGUCUAUAACAAGCGAAAAGCUUAGUACUGAUAUAAUCCAAAAGGAAGACGAAUUUAAUACUAGGUUUGAAAAGAUAUUUAAUUUAAAGGGGAAGGGCUUCUCUAAUGAUGAAAUCAAAUUUGCACACUAUUUAUUGAGUAAUUUAAUUGGCGGUAUUGGUUAUUUCCAUGGCUCAUCUGUGCUUGAUCGUUCUCAUCCACCUAUGCAGGAUGAAGAAAGCUUUAUGGGUGAGCCCGUAAGACCUGAAUUAUCUUCUCCACAAACUUUAUUUACUGCAACACCCAGUCGUCCAUUCUUCCCUAGAGGCUUUUACUGGGAUGAAGGCUUUCAUCAAUUGUUAAUUGGAGAAUGGGAUAAUGAUCUUAGUCUUGAUAUUAUCAAACAUUGGACUUCUAUGAUUGAUGAGAAUGGUUGGGUUGCUCGAGAGCAAAUUUUAGGUGAAGAAGCACGCAGUAAAGUUCCUCCUGAAUUUCAAACGCAAUUCCAUCAUUAUGCAAAUCCACCUACUUUGUAUCUCUCUAUCAAACGUUAUAUUGAUCGUUUGGAAAAAUACAAGGAAAAUAAAUUUAUUUUAGAUGAUACAGGAGACAAGAGUCAAAUAAGAAUGGGUGCAUUAGAUGAUACAGAUAUUCUUCGAAAUUUACAUUUAGAUAAUACUGAGUUAGCAAAUGAAUGGCUUAAAUCGAUUUAUCCUAAACUUCGUCAAAACUGGCUUUGGUUCCGAUCUACUCAACGUGGGCAUCUUAAACGAUUCGGUCGCAAAGCUUUUAAUGAGGAGGCCUACCGUUGGCGUGGACGAACCCCUAAUCAUACUUUGACAUCUGGCUUAGAUGAUUAUCCUCGUGGAGAACCUAAUGUUGGUGAGCUUCAUCUUGAUCUUCAUAGUUGGAUGGCUUUUGCUACUGGUCUUUUGAAGGAUAUAGCCACUAAAUUAGGACCGGAAUAUGAAAACCAUAAGAAUGAAUAUUCAAAGAUUCAGCAAGAUAUGCUGGCAAAUCUUGACGUACUUCAUUGGAACGAAGAAAAGAACAUGUACUGCGAUCAAUCCCUUAAGCAUAAUAAGCCUAUUCAUAUCUGUCAUAAAGGAUAUAUUUCUCUUUUCCCUAUGAUGUUAGGUCUUUUGCCUGCAGAUUCACCUAAAUUAGGAGCUAUCUUGGAUAUCAUUGAAAAAGAAGAUGAACUUUGGUCUCCAUAUGGUCUUCGUUCAUUAUCUGCCUCUGAUCCAUAUUUCGGUACUGGAGAGGAUUAUUGGCGUGGUCCUAUUUGGAUUAAUAUUAAUUAUUUGACUCUUCAAAGUUUAUAUAAGAACUAUAUGCAUGUGAGUGGGCCUUAUCAAACUCGUGCUCAAAACAUUUAUACAAAGUUAAGAAGUAACAUUAUUCGUAAUGUGUAUAAGAAUUAUAAGAAGACAGGUUAUGUUUGGGAGCAAUAUUCGGAAAAGGAUGGAAAAGGUUUACGUAGUCAUCCAUUUACAGGAUGGACUAGUUUAGUUUUGCUUAUUAUGGCAGAAAAAUAUUAG